AUGAUAGUGAUCGCAGAGAAAGCAGAAAAACUGACUGUGACUCCAUCUGUUUACACCCAGGAGAUGUUACAGUCUACAGAGGAGUGCCUGACUAACACCAAGGAGAUGCACCAGCCCCACAUCCUGGAACUGCUUGACAUGAGCAAGACUACGUAUCACAAAUUGUCUUCAGUGGAUAAGAAUCAACCGCCUUUCCAGCCCUACCCAUCAGAGCUGGUCUUCCAGAACUUCACUUCUGCACAGACUUACACGUUACCACUCGUUUUCAACAACAAAGACAAGGUUUCGCGACAAGUGAAGCUGGAGUGUCAGGACUCAGAGUAUUUCUAUGUGGUCGGACCAGAGAAUGCAGUCAGCAGGGUUGCACCUGGACUGUCUGCUACUUUCAAUGUCUCCUUCACCCCGCAGGAGAACAAGGACUACCACCACACACUGGUUUGUGUGACAGAGAGGGAGCGGUUUGAUGUCCUAAUACGUGCCAUUGGGCCACGUGCUGAUCUUGACUUUCGCGACGAGCUCAUUUUACCCGUCUGUCCUGUGAAAGCCUCCACAGAGAGGACUCAGCUAGUCCGCAACAAAGGGACCGGCGUGGCCAAGUUCAAGUUAGACACACAGAGCCCUUUCUCUGUGACACCCUCCUGUGGGACUCUUGAUGUAGGCGAGAGCACGCAGGUGACUGUGGGUUUCAACCCCAUGACCAUAGGAAAGCACAGCCAGGAUCUGCGCCUACACUACCACACUGGUGAAGAUGUGUACAUCCACUUGUAUGGGGCUUGUGAGGAACUGAGCAUCCAUCUUGAGCCUGACUCUGUUCUAUUGAAGAAGACUUACAUUUCCCUGGCAAACGUGCACACGGUGUCCCUCACCUACAGGAGUGAGAUUCCUCUUAAGUACUGUUGGACGACAUGGCCCAGCCUGCAAGAGGAGGCCUUGGGCUUUUUGAGGGAGAGCUCAUUGCUCCAACCAAAGGAGGAGGAGGAAGAGAGGAAACGGUUGCUUGUUCAGUGUGAGUCCGACCCCACAGCGAUCCAUCGCCUCCCACUGCUGUCCAGAGCCCUGCAGGAACGCAGAAGCCAGGCUGUGAAAGACCAACUCCUGGUCCUCUCACACAGCUGCAUAACUGUGGAACCAGCGGAGGGUGAAAUCUACCCCAACACCCCAGCACAGUUCCAAGUUGUGUUCAAGCCCAACGAGGCCAAACUGUACCAACAAACCAUAUAUUGUGAAGUCACAGGUCGUGAAGCUCGGUUGCCUCUCACAAUAAAGGCUGAGGGCAUGGGACCUAAUCUCCAAUUCAAGUAUCAAUUGAUGGACAUGAAAGACGUAUUCAUUGGUGACAAAGACUGUUAUAAAGUGCAGGUGUACAACGAAGGACUGAUUGAUGCCCCUUUCAGGCUGUCAAGCCCCGACACCACUUUCGGCCGCUGUUUCUCCUUCAGUCCUGAGGAAGGUGUUGUUCCCUCUGGGGCCUGCCAGAUUGUGGAAGUCACCUUUCACAGUUGCAUCUUGGGAACUUUCUCUGAGGGCUUGCUGCUGACUGUCACAGGACAGCCUCAACCACUUACCGUGACUUUCAGGGGUUGUGUCAUUGGUCCCACAUUCCGAAUGAAUGUUUCAGAGCUCAAUUUUGGAGAUGUAGGCUUUGGUUUCCCACUAACAUUGACUUGUACACUCUUCAACACCUCCUUCGUGCCUAUGACCUUUGCCCUGCGUGUCCUGGGAGACGGGUUGGGGUCUCCCAGUGUUACUAGUGUCAAACAGGUGUCCGAGGUGUCUAGGAACAAUUGGAAAUGCAGUGCUGAUAGAGACCUUCAUGCACAGCCUAGGGAGUUCACAGUCACACCUGCUGUGGGCUCUGUGCGUAGCUAUUCAAAUGUCACUAUUAAGGUGACGUUGUGCUCCAACACAGUCAAGAGAUACAAGCUGUCGCUGGUGGUAGAUGUUGAGGAUGUCGGGAAAGAGAUCAUGACUCUGCCUAUCAAUGCCAGGUGUUGUGUUCCUGAUAUAGUGGUAGAGACUCCAGUGUUGGACUUUCAAAGGUGUUUCCUCGAUCACCCCAAUGAACAGCAAGUGCGGCUGACCAACACAAGCACUCUGCCUGCCUGCUACGGCGUGCUUGACCAGGAAUAUGAGAAGAGUCCGUCGCUGCUUUUUGGCAGUUCCACACCCAGAGGACUGAUUCUUCCUCAUAGUUCAGAAGAGCUGACUGUGUUUCUGCUGGCUAAGGCUGUUGGAAAGCAGCAGCGCAAUCUACGCAUUAUUGUGUUUGGUAGCGUCCAGCCACCCCUGGAUGUGGUUGUGUCGUGUAUUGGGCAGGGACCAAUAGUUCAUGUUCAGAACCCACAGCUGGACUUUGGCAAAAUCCCAGUUCUGACGGACAUCAGUAGAGCCCUGCACCUGUCAAACCACUCACCUAUUCCAGCCUACUUUACUGCUCGCAUGAGGCGUGGAGGGUCCUUUGGGCGAGUUGAGCCCAGUGAGGGGGAAGUGCCACCAGAGAGCCAGCUCGAGCUUAGAGUAGUGGCACACCUGAAGGACACCCUUGACUUCAAGGCCAGCCUGGAAGUAUCCAUCCGGGACAGUCAAACACACACUGUCUCUCUGUCUGCUACAGGCACUGGUACCACUAUUGUCAGUGACAAGCCUUUUGCACCCGACCUUGACCUAGGCACACACUUCAGCCAUGGGUCAUGCCAGUACCACUUCAAGCUGACCAACCAUGGCCAGCAAGUGCAACGGAUGUACUGGCGGACUGAUGGCUUCCUGCUUAACGCAAAAACCCAAAAGCAGGUAAACUUGUCUUGCCGAACAGUCCUUCCCCCAAUCUCUGCUCCCAGGAAGAAAGAUAUUCUGGGCCGUGGAUCUUUGCUCCCCUCUAGCAGAGAGAAGCCGGUGUUCAGCCUCAGGCCUUCUCGUGCGGAGCUUUUCCCUGGCUGCUCUGUUGACAUGGUGCUGUCGGGAUCUUCAGACUCUCCAAAGGUUGUACGGGAGCGUCUGGUCUGCAAUGCCGUUGUUGGUCGCCAGGGCUGUAGGAAGAUUAUCAUGUCUGUAGAUGUCACAUGCUGCUUUGUGGCUGCUAUGCUCAGUAUUUCCUCCAAGCAGCUGAAAUUCUACAUAGUGAAGGUCCCAGGAAAGAGUCUAAGGCCCCUAUAUGAGAAGCUCAUCUUGGAGAAUGUGUCAUCUGUACCUCUUUCCAUGGAACUUUCUCUUCCAGAGCCGUUCUCUUUGUGUGAGGCCUCGGGAGCCCAUAGCCCAGCUACCACCAAGUCUAUGGUUUUAGGUAACGGGAGCCAGGCAGAGUUGUGGGUAUGCUUUAAUCCAUCUUACUGUCAGGAUCGGGUGUCACGAGUCUUGGAUGAGUUCCUUGAGGUACACUACCAGGGACACCCGCAGCAAGACAUAGUGGAGCUGCACGCUGAGGUCCACUUCUCCAACCUCCACUUCUCCUCUACCACAGUGGACUUUGGUUGUGUGCUGAACUUCACAGGGGCUCGUAGAGCAAUCUCCAUCACAAACUGCUCCGCACUGCCCGUGUUUUACCACUGGGUUUUCCUGGAUGACCAGAAACACUGUACUAUCAGGGAGACAGAGAUGCUGCAGGAAGAGAAGGCGCAGAAAAAUAAGAGCUUUUCAGUUCCUCUCAGCCCCAGGCCUGGGGCAGAGGAACAGAGCAGCACACAGUGUCCUGUGGUUGUGGAAGAGGUGUUUGAUAUCUUACCGAUACAUGGUCAUCUGCAGCCUGGGGACCAGCAGCAGGUCAUUUUCAGUUUCUACGGCCAUGAAAAUAUCAGCAGAGAGGUGGUAGCACAGUGCCAUGUAGAGGAGGGGCCUACGUAUGAAGUCAAACUCAGAGGAGACGCAUCAGUAAUCAGCUACAGCCUUGACUCUACCCAUAUUGACUUUGGUGUGCAGCUGUUUGAUCAUGAAGGGGAAGCUGAGGUGACCCUGAGGAAUACUGGCAAGAUGGGCUUCAAAUUUAGCAUCAUACACCCCCAAAGGGAGGAUGAGGAGGCAGGUGAUGAGGCAGGGGGACAGAGGAAGGCCCUGGAAGAGGAGCAAAAUGAGAAAGCACAGGAGGUCAGACCAGGAUGGCCCAUGGUCAUCCCAACCACGGGUUACAUUGAGGCAGGUGCGGAGCAAUGUCUGCGUGUGUUGUACCUCCCGGGCAUCCCUGAGGUGUUUGAGAAGCGGCUUCAGCUGCAGGUGGCUUUCCUGCCACCGCAGGAUAUCACGCUGACAGGAGAGGGAGUGUUCCCAAGGAUCAGCCUGAACUUACCACGAAACCUGUCAGAGGAGUGCUGCAGUGAUGUGGUGCAGCAUGCCAGAACAGCUGUGGAGAGAGAGGAGUUUAUGGAUGGAAUUACCACUGGUGGAGGAGCAACAACUGAGGCCAAGUGCACCUUCACAUAUGAAGAGCUGCUUCACAUGGAGAUUGAGAGAAUGCUGGUCAAACAAAAUGCUCUCACUGUGACCGGUAGCCUGCAGGAGCCUAGAGACUCGCAAGGUUCCUCCAGAAAGUGCCACAAACUCAGCCAGUUCCGUCUCCCAGAGUAUGUUUUGGAUUUUGGUUAUGUCAUUCCAGGCAAAGUCGUCAGCCAAUCUGUAAAUGUUACUAAUACUGGGUCAGUGGCUGUGUCCUUCCAGGCCCAUGGCAAACCUCUAGCUGGCACAGGAUUCAGUGCAGAAUUUAAAAGAGUGAAAAACCUGCCCUGCGGCAAGACACAGACUUUCACAGUUAAAUUUGACCCCAAAGGAGCCAACCUGAAAAUGGGAGAAAUAAGUGUUGCCUUGCCAAUACAGGUCAGAGGAGGUCCAGUGGUCCAGGUGCGGCUGCAUGCAGUGGUUACUGUGCCGGCCGUCACUGUUUCCACGGGUACACUGCAGUUUGACACUGUGCAGUGUGACAUGUGUCAGAUGAAGACAGUACAGUUGUUUAAUAAUGAGUCUGUGCCCUGCUCCUGGAGCAUAGCUGAGAAGGGGACGCCUUUCAAAAAGGUACAACAAUUUAUUGCUCUCUACCAGCGUGAAAAGGUCUCACAGAAGCAGCGACCACCUCCAGUGGUGUUUAAGAUGAUUCCCAGCUCUGGCAAGCUGUCCCCUGGUGAACGAGUCAAUGUCCAGAUAAGGUUCAGCCCUGCUGAGGGGCUUACUUACAACAGGCAGCUAAUGGUCCGUGUUGCUGAGAGCACCCAGCAGGUGUUCAUCACAGCCCAGGGACUGGGUGAGGAGCCACAACUCGAGUUCUGCCCGUCGGUGCUGGAGCUGGGGCCUUGCCUAUCUUUCACCCCUGAAGUUGAAGCUGAGGUCACCGUGAAAAACCCCUGCUCUUACCCCAUCGAGUUCUACUCCCUGGAAUUCGACACGCAGUAUCUUGAGGAAGAAAAGAUCCUGCGUCUGAUGCAGGAUUAUGAUGCCAACAACAUAUUACUGCUGCCUCCCAGAGCCCCUGGAGAAAGUCUUCCCACAGAACUGCUCGACUACUACGAGGAGUUCUGCUCCCAGCGGAAGGACAAUGAAGAGCUGAAUGAAGGCUUGGAUGAAAAAGAAGCCGAGAUGGGUGACGCACACAAGGAAGAAAACAGGUCGAGACAAAAUGAUGUCCACCCACCAGACGGCAAAGUGGAAGAAAAACACACAGUAACUGUGAAACCAGCUGAAUUACUCGUUUCUGAGAUGACCAAGGAGGAAAGCAGACUGCUGGAGAUGACCCCUGUCUCCAGAGCAAUUGCCCGCCACAUGUGUGUUGAUCUGUCACCUGAGGGUCUGGCUGCACGCAACCGCAGAGGCAUUGCUAUUAUUGUAUAUGGAGCCCCACUGAUAGGUAGGGGCAGUAUAGUGGCUGCUCUGGCGUGUCAUUACGGAGGGACGUGCCUGAGUGUUGAUGCUGUGGUUACAGCGGUGCUGAUGAGUGGAACCUCACCUGUUAGCUUGACCGCAAGACAACUGUAUGACUGUGCUGCUGCUGAGUACGCUGAGAAGAAGGCUGAGGAGGCUGCUCAGAGCACAGAAGCAGGACCUGCAGCACAUCUUGAAGCCUCAGUUCCAGCUCCACAAUCAGCUCGAGCAUCACCUGACACUGUGGAAGUUCUAGGAAAACCCAGUGAGGACAGCUGCAGUGAAAAUGACUCCAAGGCUCCUCAGGAGACUGAAAACACACACUUCACCCUUUGCCUGGGGGGAGAUGUGACCACACUCAGCAAUCUCCUGCCUGAAGAGCUACUGGUUAACAUCCUGGCACAAAGAUUUCAGCUAAGCGAUUGUCACCGUGGCAUCGUGGUGGACGGCCUCGAGUCUGUGUACACUCAGUCAGCAGCCAGCACGCUGCAAGUUGUUCUCAAGGCCCUUAAUAACCGCAAACAUAUCUACGUAGUCAACUUGUCUGACUCCUACGCUGCCUUGAAGGCACGGGAGAGAGCACAGAGAGAAACUGAGGAGACCCUGCAGAAAGAGAAAGCUGACAGGGAGGAGCAGUGGCUGCAGGAGCUGCAUGAGGACGAGUAUGAUGCUCUGCCAGAGGAGGAGAAGGAGCGAAUUGUUCAGCGAUUUACAGAAAAAUACAGACAGCAGAAACUGAGGGAGCUUGAGCGUAUAGUGAAAGAGCAGGAAGAAAAGAGGCAACAGGAGGAGAUGCAAAGGUUAAGAGAAGAAGAGUUGAAGAAGAAGAGCAAAAAGGGUGGAAAGAAGGAUACUAAAGAAGUGUCGAGGAAGAAGAGCUUGCUGGAUGGAAAGCAGUCAACAGAUGCAUUGAAUGGGCAGAGAAUGUCUUCCGGUAACACCUCUAAGGAGUCACUAGUGGAAGCAAGAGAGCAGCAUCAUUUAAAUGAAGUGCAUUAUAGAAAAGAGGCUCAGGAUUUACAAAAGCACACAGAAGAAAGCAAAGCAUUACAAGCAGAGUCUCCUCAACCCACAGACAAGCUGGAGAGAGAACAGAGUACAGAAACUGCAGAGAUGAAGAGGCUAAGAGAAGAAAAAGAGUUGAAGAAAAGUAAAAAGGGAGAGAGAGAUAAUAAAGAAUUAUCUGAGAAGACUGGCAUGCCUGGUGGAAAGGAGUCAAGAGUUGUGCUGGAUGCACGUCCAUCGUCUUUUUGUAACAACCCUAAAGAGUCACCAGUUGACGCAAGAGAGCAACAUCUUUUAAAUGAAGGUGCCAGCAGAGCUAAUGCAGUGUAUCAAAGCAAAGAGGCUGAUCAAUACCAUAAGAAGAUAGAAGCCAAGCAAUUACAAGCAGAGUCUCCAAAACCUGCGGACCAGCUGGAAGGAGAUAUGUCCAUUGUGGAUGAGCUGCAGUCUCAGUUCAGUGUGUAUGAGCAGAGCCAGGAACAGGUGAAGCACAUCCUGCAGCAUUGGCACCGAGCCCGGGGCUUGAUGCUGGUCCCGCUCCCCAGGGAAGAAGCCCCACUGGCGUCAGAGGAUGCUACAACAGGGAAACAGACCCCUGUUGGCAAGAAGAGCAAGAAAGCCAGCAGCAAGAUCAUGUUUCCAAUGCCAGCAUGGGCUGAAGCAGACAAGGCGUCUCCACAGGACAUCAUCCCUCAUAUUGUGCUGAAUGUAACAGGGAAAGACUAUCCGACUGCCACAGAGCUGCUCAAAGACUGCACCCUGCCUUCACUGAUCCAGGUUUUGAAUGAUUUGGGGUUGGGACCCAGCGGCCCACCCAUCCCUCCUCCCACCACUUUCUCUAUGGUUCCUUUCCCCCAAAACAGGGAGCAAUCUAACAGUAAACUCACCUGUAGCUGUUUCACCUUCCUGGUUUCCUCAGGGCAGGACAAACAGGCUGAGGAGAGGAAAGAUUCAGAGGAAGAUGUGCAAGCAUCAGUUGUAAAGGAAGAGGCAGCAGCAUCACUUUCCAAAGGUCGCAGCAGGGGCAGCAUUAAGGAAAGUGCCUUAACAAAGGACAGGGAUAAAAUGAGCAGAGAGACUCAGAAGAGCAAGAGACAAACUUCAGCCAAGUCAAAAGCAAAGGGAUCGGACGUGUCUCGCCUGUUACACGUGUCCUCCAUGUCUGACUGCACUGAACAAGACCAACACCAAGGAAAUUUAGAGCUGAAACGCAACCAGAGCCUGACAACAUUUCGCUGGAUUGUACCAGCAAACGGUGAGAUCGUUCUGAAGGUCUGGUUCUACUCGGAUUCCCCAGGAAAAUUUGAACAGACCUUCAACUUUGAGCUACUGGGGACCCAGAGACUCUACCAGCUGCUCUGCAGAGGAAUUUGCACCUAUCCCUCCAUCUGCAAAGACUACACGACUCUUUUUGCCCUCAGUAAGAUCGUACCACAAAUGGAAGAAGGGCACCAAAAGGCUUACACAAUCAAAUCUGGAUACUUUGAGUUUGGAUCGUUACUCUGUGGCAAGACCAGAGACAGAUACAAGGAAAAUAGGUACCCAGAGAACACAGAGAGACUAGUGAUUCAUAACAAUUCAGGCCUGGAGGCUGAGGUCCAGUUUAGUUUCCAGCAUGAUAGCCAGGCCACCACAUAUCUGCUGGACCCCCCAACCAUGACUCUCAAACCUGACCAGAAACAGGAGUUGACAGUGUGGGCCUACCCAACAAAACUGGGACAAAUGAAGGACAGUGUUGUGUGCCAUAUCAAGGAAAAUCCAGAGCUUGUCGUCAUCAAACUCUCCUGCUGGGGAGUUCGGCCAGAGCUGGAGCUGGAAAACAAGCAUUUGCACUUUAACAGGACAUUGCUGCACAGGCACGACAUCCGCAGUGUGACGCUGUAUAAUAAGACAGCUCUGCCGGUAUCUUGGAGACUGCAGGGUGUGGAGGAGUUGGGUGAUGAGUUCAGUGUGCCACAUGAUCAGGGCAUCAUCUCACCAAACUCCUCUUUCCCCGUGAGCUUGCACUUCAAGGCCAAGAGGCCACUACACAUUAAGAAGAUCUUACGUCUGGAGGUAUCCGAUGUGGAGAAGAUUCUAGGCGUCGUACACACAGAGAACAUACAGGUUACAGCUGAAGCCUAUGAUAUAGCUCUGGACAUCACACCAGAUGGCUGUCUAGACUUUGGAACCAUCAAAGUCUUUGAGGAGGCUAAACUAUCUCUCAGGAUAAAAAACCAAGGAAAAUAUGAAAUAGCCUACAAGUUUACAUUUCACCAGACCAACCCAACCCAGCCAAACCUAGACUCCAUUUUCACAGUGUCCCCCUGCAGUGGUACUCUAAUGCCCCACGAGAAGCCCACAACAGUGCAAAUCUACUGCAGAACCAAUACAGAAGUCUUAAUUAGAGAGCAACCUGUCCUGCCUUGCCAGGUGAUUGAACCUAACAUUGGGAAUGGAGGAGAAACCAUAGCCAUCGUAGCCAUCAAGGUUUCAGUCAAGUCUGUCUUCUCCAGGUACAAGAUCACACCUGCAUGUGAUAUCAACUUCGGUCCACUGGUCUAUGGCUACAAGAAAAGCCAGAGCUUCACCAUUGAGAACAAUGGAGCCUUUGAAACCCGUUUCAUCGUCUGCCGCGCGAUUACGGACCCUGCCCCACCGGGGAAGCCAGGGGGUACAGGUAAGAAGAUGCCUCUAGAGAGCCUUUCAGAGAGACCCACUGGUGCCAGUAGCAAAGUGAGACGUGAGUCCUUCCAGAAAGACAUGAAUAUUACACAGAAUCGCCUCACCAUGGGGGUGUUCUCGGUGUCUCCCUGCACAGGGAGCUUGCAGCCAGGGUCUCAGCAGGUGGUGACAGUGGAUUCUGUCGCUGAACAGCUGGGCAACUGGAACCAGGGUUUGCUCAUUGACAUCAGUGACCGUGACCCCUCAGACCAUCCUGAUGGCAUUCCUUACAGACUGCUGGCUGAAGUCUGCAUGCCAGGUAUAGCAUUAGACAUUGCUUCCACCUUUGAGGAACACCAUCUGUGCCCCAGCAGCAGCCAGCUCUCCUCUGAGCAGUUUUGCAAUGCUGAAGGCAUUUACGUCCGUGAUGAGAACAAGUUUAUUUUCAACAAAGUCCUGGUCGGGCGGACUGCCCAGGCCCGCUUCAAACUGACCAACAACAGCAAGGUGCCCUGUGUGCUCAACUUGGCCAUCAAAUCUGUGGGCGCUAAGACGUCCCGCAGCGCGGAGGUUUUUGAUUUGUCUGCUACAACACUGAGCAUCCCAGACCAGUCACACUUGUUUGCUGUAGUCAACUUCACACCCCAGACGAUGCAGCUCUACAGUGCUGUGUUUGAGGCCACAGUGGACGUAACCAGCAGAUCCAGAAUGACACCCACAUUCAAGAGCAAGUCGCUGGAGUUUGACCUUAUGGGAGAGGGCAAUCUGCCCAGUAUGUGUGUGGUGCGUCCAGCUCUGAGGACCAGCAGAGGAAGCCCAAUACUGCAGUUCACACGAGUAUCUGUAGGGCGUAGAUGUACCCGGCCCCUGGUACUGCUAAAUGAUGGAAAUGUUCCAGCUCAGGUCCAGAUUGACAUGCUGGAUAAACACAAAGUCUUCACCCUCAAAGCUGGUCCUGGCAAUACUUGCAGCUCCGUCCACUCCACACAGAUUGAGGGCACAACUGACUCAGAGCAUCAGUUGGUGCAUAGAGCCACCCUGAGGCUGAAUGUUAGCGAGCAGGUGGAGUUUGAAGUUGGCUUCCGCUCUGACAAGUCCCUGAUUGUCAAGGCCAAGAUCUCACUGCAGGUGGAGGACAACCAGUACAGCAAUACCAUAAUACAAGUGACGGGAGAAGCAUACCAGGAAAUUGUCUCUCUUGACAACAUCAGCAGGUCAUCGCAGGAAAAAGAUCAGGAAGAGAAUGAGGGAGGUAAUUAUGAUGUGCUGAGUUUCGGUGACUGCCAUGUAGAUUGGCCCUACCAAGAGAGCUUCACCAUGAGCAACUACAGCAGCAGCCAGGCUGUGAGGUUUGUCUGGCCUCCUGCCGAAUCCCACGUCUGCUUUUCACCACAGGUGGGACACCUUCAUGCUGGUUGUUCAAAGGAAGUGAUGCUCACCUUUUGCUCCAAUCAGCCAGUGACUCUGACCAGCCAGCCAAUGAUAUGCAAGAUUAGUCAGGUUGAGUUCCAGCAGCCACUAAAGCAGGUGCCUGACUGGGAUGACCGAAAGAGGACGGUGCAGUGGCUGAGUUCUUCCAAGCAGGCUUCAAGAGCACCACAGCAGCCUGUGAAUAAUAAGGUGAUAAAGACAGAUCCUGAGCCCUGCUGCUCUGUGGUUGAGGGCUCCCAGUGGGAGCUCGAAUUGCGUAUCAGCGCAGUUUGUGACUAUGUGAAGUUCAGCUGCAACACCGACCCCAUCCACUUCAAAGACACUAUGCUUUACCAAACCAGGCUCCAGCAACUGCAGAUUAUGAAUCAUGGCUCUGUCAAACUGGAGUUCUCCUGGCAAGUCCUCAUGGAUCCAAGGAACAACAAUGUAAACCAUGACCAAGGAGAUGGGACUCUUAGCUCUCAACCAGGCAGCAGGUCAGCAGGAGUGUUAAGUGGAGCCCGUCCUGCCAGCGCUCUGACCAGUGUGAUGUCUCUCCUGAUGGGGAAUCCUGAGCUUCCGCCCAUCAGCAUUGAGCCCAGCAUCGGGGCCAUAGAGCCCGGUGCCAUUCAGAUUUUCAGCAUUCGCUUUUCACCUUUGGAGGUGGCCCAGUUUCAGGGCAGGCUGUUCAGCAGUAUCCCCAACGUGCAGGAUGGGGAUCAGGCUCCCUGUAUCUCCGUGUGUGGCCGCAGCCUGUUGCCCCACUGCCACUUUGACCUUCAGGACUCAGACUAUAUCAGUGGGAACGUCCGUAGCCCUGAAUUCAGGGGCCCUCUGGACCCUAACAUCAGGGUUAUAGAGUUCAACUCUGUCGGCUUCUCUGCUCCAUCAACGAGAUGUUUUAGUGUGGUGAACCCAACCAGUAAGCCCUACUCAUUCAAGUGGAGGUGUGAAGACAAAGUUAGCAGCCCAUUCUGCUGCCUCACCCCAUGUGGAACCAUCUCGCCUGGGAAGAAGGUGGAAGUGUGUUUUGAAUAUGUAGCUGAGCAGCUGGAUGCGGUGGAGUCAUUCUGGAGUUUUGUGAUAGAGUCUCUGUCGCUGUCUGUCCCCUUCCUGUGUGUGGGCACCGCUGAAGAGCCACUUGUCUAUCUCGACAGACCUCACCUUGACUUUGGAGAACUGCUUGCAGGUCACAAAGUGGAACAGACAGUGUACCUGGUGAAUGGAGAGGAGGAGCUCUUCCACUUCUCUGUCCUGCAGUCAUCUCUUCUCUGUGAUGACCAGCAGUCCAGACUCAUUUUGCAGCCCAUGACUGGCAAAGUGGCACCCAAAGACAGGUUGCCACUGUUAGUGUCCUUCACGCCUUGCCGGGAGGGCUAUGUGAGCUUCAGAUUGGUUCUGAGGGUGAAGAGGAAGUCAGAGCCAAUCACACUCACAGUUAAGGCCGAUUGUUUCAGCAUGAGCACUUCUGUUCAAGUUGAGCAGCCAGAAGGAGGUCUCAGAGAGAUCAUCCCUAACCACAAAGACACUCUGGACUUUGGAAAGGUGGGGAUUUCAGAGCAAUCCACCUUUAAUUUCCUGGUGUCCAAUCUGGCAAGAUUCAGCCUGGAAGUGAACUUUGACCUCAAAGGUCCCAGUGAGCUGCUGCAACACUUACAAGCAAAGCCACAAAAUGAUACUGUUGAGGUUGGAAAGCAGCUGCAAUCUUCACUCUCCUUUUGUCCACGGGGCCUUUGUAACCUCCGGGACGUCAGACUGAGUAUCAAGGUAAAGCACGGGCCAACAUUUACAUUUGCCAUUGAAGGCAGGGCUGUAGCACAGAGCCUUGAGUUCUCCUUCACCAAGUACAACUUUGGCAAGUGCUUCAUGUACAGUCCGGGCAUGGUGCCUGCCUCCCAGAUUCUAGUUAUCAGCAACAAAGGCGAAAGGGGCAUCAGUGUCCAGUGCCACUUCAGAAACACCUCUUACCUAGAGAUGGACUUCCAAACAGUUGUUUUGUCCCCUGGUGCUGUGAUGGAGACACCAAUCAACUUCUAUCCGCGUGAGGCAUGCCGUUACCAUGAAAAACUCACCUUCAUCUUAAACAGCUGUGUCACCAAACAUGUGAACAUACUGGGGCAAGGCAUUGAGAUAAAGCUGGAGGUGGAGAACCCCAGGCAGAGGAAAGUGGAACUGGGAUCUCUGAUGUCGGGUCAGAAGGUGAAAAAAGAAGUGGUUCUGGUCAACCGCAGCCCUUUAGACAUUUCAUUCACUCUGCUGCUUAACACAAACACACCACUGGACCCAAGGGAUCUGUCAUUUAGUCCAGCAGGUGAGCUGAACCUGAAAGCCAGUGUUGGUUCAUGUAAUGUUGGGAUCCAGUUCUCACCCCGUCAGUGCAUUCCUCCCUUCUCUGCUGAGCUGCAGGCGGAGUUUGCAGGCCUGUUACACCCCCUGCUGACCAUCCAAGGCUGCUGCCAGGCUGUGGAGGUCCAGCUGGACCAGGACCACCUAGCCUUUGGAGCUGUUGUGCAGCGCUGCCAAGCCAGGAAGAGGAUUCUUAUGAUGAACACUGGGGACAUUGGUGCCAGGUUCCAGUGGAAAACAGAGAAUUUUCCUCCAGAGUUGUCCAUCACACCAGCUAAAGGCUACAUCUGUCCAUGCAUGGAGCUUCCUUUUGAAGUGAUUUUUGCUCCUGUGGAAAUGAUUAAUGACACAAGACAUGAGACCCUGUCUUGCUUUGUGGAGGGCUCCUCCUCACCCGUGACCUUCACUGUAACAGGCUCCUGCAUCGGAGCCUCCAUUAGCAAAGAGGUGCUGAAUUUUGUUUGCCCAGUACGUGGCUCUCACACCCAGACCCUGCAUGUGUUCAACCCCACAAACCAGCAUUGCAGCAUCAGACCUGUCAUAGAGGGCGAACAGUGGAGCGCUGCGCCCUUGCUGAUCCUUACACCCUUCCAAAACAAGACAUACGAGACCAUCUACCGACCACUGUCCAUGACUGCUGAUGGAAAGAAACACCUGGGAUCCGUCUUUCUCUCCUUCCCUGAUGGGACAGGCAUGCUGUACUCCCUGCAAGGAACUGCUGAACCUCCCAAGGCAGAGGACACCAUUGUGAACGAGCUGCCUGCCAAGACUCAUCACACAGAGUUGCUCCCUGUGCACAACUGGCUCUCCAAGCAACAGCGGUUCCGUGUGUUGAUAGAGAUACUGAAACCUGACAAGCCAGAUGCUACAGUGUCCCUCAAGGGUCAAAAAUACCUUGAUGUCCCUGCUCUGGCCAAUCGGGACUGCAAGAUUUCUUUCUUUACAUACAGAGAGGGGCAAUACAACGCCAAGGUGACGUUCCGUAAUGAGGAGUCCCGUGAGUACUUGUUCUAUCUUGUGACCUUCAAGGCCACAUCUCCAGGAGUCCUGUCCACCAUAGAGCUGGUGACCGCUGUCCGUCAGACGGCCUCAGCCAUUGUACAGGUGGAGAACCCCCUGACCACAGUUACCUGCCUCACUACUGAGUGUAAAUGCUCUGACAUCAGUGCCCCACCUCAGCACACUGUGCCACGACAGUGCAAGGGCUCUCUGACCUUCGAGUACCUGCCCCUACGUGCAGGCGAGUCUACAGCCCGGCUCACUCUGUUUAGUAAUGAUCUGGGCUACUUCCACUACGAUCUGCUUCUCAGAGCUCUGCCCGCACCACAAGAGAAAACCGUCCACUUCAGCACUUCUCUGGGCAGCAGCCAAUCCGUUCCUGUUAAGUUUAUCAACUAUUCGCGCUUCAAAACUGCGUACUCAUGCAAGAUGGAUUGCCCGGACUUCAUAGUGGCCAGACCCCAGGUGGGGUCAGAGUCCAGCGUGGAGGUUUGUUUUGAACCUCAUCAGCUGGGGCAAGUGAGAGGCCAUCUCACCCUGUCCUCGGGAAUCGAUGAUGGAUACGUCUUUCCCUUGCAAGGGACCUGCCUCGUUCCCAACGCACAGGGCCCGUUUAGCAUCAAGGCUGGUCGCAACAUUACUAUCCCCUUCAAGAAUGUAUUCCUGCAGACCACCACCUUCUCUUUUCAGGUGAACAACCCCUGUUUUACUGUCAAAGAGGUGGACACCAUCCUAUCCAAAAAGACCCAAAACAUUGUGGUGUCCUUUGAAGCCCCUCCAGGAAGCUUUCCGGGGCCGUGGUUUGGCAAGUUGACCAUCUCCAGCCAGCGCUUUGAGGGCCAAAGCAAACCUUGUUCUUGGGGCUAUUACCUGAAGGGUUACCGCCCUGAGUCAUCUUAGAGAUAUGUACUCACAUAAACACACUUACUGUACACAUGCAAUUGUCUAUGCAGACACACACACACACACACACACACACACACACACACACACACACACACACACACACACACACAUAGGAACAAACACAUCAGAUGCUAAAUUAAAGGCACAGGAAACCAUUUGGACUCCAGCUGUAACUUAUUUUUAUGAUGCUUCAGUUGAAAGUGUUGAAAAUUAUUUAUCCAAUGACUGAACUCCAAUGCCAUAGUCAAUAAAUAGCCAGAAUUGCCCUGUGUAAUGUUUAUAUGGUUAAAAUAAUUGCUUGUCACAAAUGUUCAUAAAUAUUUGAAUAGUCAACUGAAUAAAACCUGCAGAGAAAGCC